UGUUGUGUGUUGUUUCUGAAUUAGUGGCUUUGGCUGGAAUACUGGAGGAAGAAUGAGAUAUGUGCAGUUAAUCUCCAGAAAGUGAACAGCGUGUGCAGAUCGUUUUGGAUCAGCAUGGCUCUGGAGAGCACGUCUUUUCUAAAAGCAGGGCUUGUGUUGUUGAUAGCAGGUCAAGUGCUUCCUUCAGUGCCUGGCUGCAAUAAAGGUUUCUACAAGAGGACGAUCAAUGAUCUCUGCUUAGCCAAGUUCAAAUUUGACAUGGAAGGACUAGACCGAGGCUUGUGGUGUACCUGGCCGGACACAAUAGAGAUAUACGGGGGACUAACAAACUGCACCUACCAGGUUGCCUUAAGGAUGGACUGCUUCUGGCCUAAUCACAUAGUUGACCACUUCUUCAUGCAGAUUCACCAGACCUACUUCCGUGACUGCACUCUGACCGGCCGGCUCCUCCACGACCCUCCAAUCACCAUCCUUGCUCCGUUCAUCACAGUGCCAGUGCUUGUCACCCUGCUCAUGACUGCCCUAGUAGUGUGGAGGAGUAAACGCACAGAGGGCUUAUUAUAGGGACAGUCUGGGUGCUGGAGUUGGCCUCAAGGAUUGGGAAUAUAAAUGAACUCUGAAUUUUAAGUGUGAAGUCAUGAGCAUUUAUACUUACUGUAGUGAAACAGCCUUAUUUCCCUAUUCAAAUGUGAGUGUAUGUAAGGCGC